AUGGAUACUCUAGUUGAGUGUGAACCUAUGAAAGUGGUCAAAGAUCUACAAAAUAUUUUGUUAAUGGAAGAUGAAGUUGCAACUGUUUUCAACUAUGAGAACAUGUAUCCUUCAGUAAAGAUAGAAUCAUGCGAGGAGGCACUUUUGGAUUUCUUAUACGGCAAGAACUCAGAGUUGCUUCAUUAUACUGAAGUAGAGGAUCUGGCUAGAUUGAUGUGCCAUGAAUCUUGUUUUGCUUUUAAUGGGCAGAUCUACAGACAUAGAAGAGGGGUCCCUAUGGGAAGCCCACUCUCAGGGAUCCUAUGCAAAUUGGUAGUUAGAGGGCUAGAAAGAAGAAUUCUUCACAAUUUCAAGGAGGAUGUCGUUUAUUUUAGCAGAUAUGUUGAUGACCUACUUAUAUUAUGGAAAAACAACAGUAGGAUUAAGAAUUUUUUGGAUAAGAUCAAUGAUAACAAUGAUAGCCUUAGUUUAAGAUUGGAGCAGAAGAGUUCCUUGGAUCUGCAUUUUCUAGACAUUGGUAUUAAAUUCAGAAAAGGCCAUUUGUCCACUAGCAUUUUUAUUAAACCAUCCCAUAGCCCAUUGUAUAUUCCCUCCCAAUCCAAGGAUCCGUAUAAAUAUAGAAUUGCAGCUUUCCGAGCUUUAAUAAGAAGGGCAUUUUUGUAUUGUGACAGAAUACAAGACAGGAGUAAAGAAAUAGAAUAA